CCUGUAGUUGACUCUUAGAACACCUUGCGCAAGGCGCGCUCCUUGUAUCGCAGAUCGGCAAGAGGAUGAUGCUGUCCUGAAGCUUUUUUCCAUUUAGGUAGCGCUGCAACCAUGUCGGACAACGAGGAGCUGGAGGACCAGCUGCCACCGCAGCAGGAGGCAAAUGAGGACGGCGAAGCGGAGGCUCAGGGCGAGGGCGAGCCUGGCGAGGGCGCAGCCGGCCUGGUAGAGGGAGAAGCGGAUGAGGAGGACGAGGCAGAGUAUCAGGAUUCCUCGGAGGAGGACGAGGACGAGGAGCAGAACGAGUAUGAGCAGGAUGGCUUCAUCGUGGAUGAUGCUGAGGAAGAGGAGGAGGAAGAGGAGGAACGCGUAGCGCCCAAGCGCAGAAAGAAGAAGAAGCGGGAGCGGGAGCUGCGCCUGGACGACGAUGACUAUGACCUGCUGGAGGAGAACCAAGUGCAGGGCAUCCGCCGCCCGACGGGCCGCAAGCGCCUGAAGAGCCAGGCGGAGGACGGGCGGCGCGCCACCAACGAGGCGGACCUGCAGAAGGAUCUGUUUGGAUACGAGGAGCUGGAGGAUGAGGUGGAGGACGCGGGCGGACGCGACGCGCGGCGCGAGGAGCAGGUGCCCAUUGGCGAGGAGGACUUUGAUGACCUGGAUGACCAGGACGAGAUGGCGGACUUCAUCGUGGAGGGCGAUGAGUCGGCGCCGCGGCGGAGGCAGCGCCGCCGCGCCGCCGCCAUCCCGGGCGUCAGCAGCCGGGCCAUGCAGGAUGCGUUUGAGAUCUUCGGCGACGUGGACGCGCUGAUGGACAUGUACGAGACGGCGCGGCAGCGGCCCGCGGCGGGCAGCGCGGCGGCGGCGGCGGCGGGCGAGGAGGAGGAGGCGGGCGAGGAGGAGGACGACUUUGGCGAUGACGACGACGAGGCGGCGGCGGAGGCGCGGCGGCAGAAGCGGCAGGAGCGGCAGCGCGCCAAGACGUACCGCCAGGCCAUGAAGGUGAUGGACCCGGAGCAGCUGGCUCGCGCGCACCUGCGGCCCGAGGACCAGGCCAUCAAGGACCGGGACGUGCCGGAGCGGCUGCAGGAGCUUCUGGGGCCCGACGGCGGCUCGGCCCCGGGCGGCGGCAUGGACCUGGACGCGGCGGCGGAGUGGGUGUACACGUGCAUGCGGGACGCCAACACGCCCGAGUGGCGCCUGCUGGCGAGAGGCGCGGAGGAGAUCGACGGCACCUACGACGCGGUGGUGAUGGGCGGGCGGCAGGACGACCCGGACGCCGGCAAGUACGUGGGGCAGGUGGAGGGCGAGGACGUGGUGGGCGGCCCCGAGGGCUGCACGCUGCGCCUGUCGCACCACCGCGCGCUGCUCACGCCGCGCAUGGACAACGGGCAGCGCGCCUGGACGGAGGACAGCGCGCGCCACGGCCGCGUGCGCACCGCCAUACGCGCGGUGCUGGGCCAGUUCUUCGACCGGCACGAGGAGGUGCCGGUGGUGGCCAUGUAUCGCAAGGAGCUGGCGGGGCCGCUGCUGGCGCUGGCGCCCGACGACGCCCCCGCCGUCACCAGCCGCGACGAGUACGACCGCCAGCGCGGCCAGAGGCACAAGAAACACUACGACCAGGGCUUUGUCCAGCCGCACCACCGUCGCGUGCGGCGCUGGGCGGUGCUGUGGGCCGUGUUCGACACCGCGCUGCGCUACCGGGCCAUGGCGCAGCGCCGCGAGCGAGCAGCCGCCGCGCUGGGCCGCAGCCGCGAGCUGCUGGCGGCGGCGCUGGAGCAGGCGCCGGACCCGGCGGGCGACAAGGCGGCGCAGCUGGAGUACGACCUGCGGGCGUUGGACGAGUGCGGCGAGGCGCUGCAGACCGCCCACACGCUGGAGGCGCUGGCGGACGUGCAGCAGCGCAUGAACGGCGUGCUGGCUGCCUACCCCGAGGCGCAGAUGGCCAUGCUGUCAAUCAGCAGCUCGCAGGCGGCGGCGGCGGCGGCGGCGGGCGGCACGCAGGGGGCGGGAGGCAGCCAGGGCGGCACGCAGGGGGCAGCGGGCGCGGGAGGAGGCGGCGGCGCCACGCGGCGGCCCAACCGCGGCGCCGCCAACCGCACCGCGCGCCUCAUCGGCAUGCAGGAGCUGGUGUCGGACUUCUGUUUGGAGCCCAGCGCCUUCCUGGCCAACCUGCAGGAGGCCGGCCACGCGGGUGUGGGCGCCAACGAGCCGCGCACGCCGCCGGGCGCCAUCCUGGACUGGGCGGCGGGCGCGCUGGAGUCACUCAAGGCGCGGCACCCGGAGAACCCCAUCAUUUCCAGCUACAGCCCCGAGAGCCUGGUGUCGGCGGUGCGCGCCGCCGCCAUCCACAACCUAGUGGGGGACGCCGGGCUGCGCACCUUCCUGCGCAACGAGUUCUUCAAGCAGGCGGUGGUGUCGGCGGAGGCCACGGAGGCGGGCGAGGCGGUGCUGGACCCGUUCCACAAGUACGCUCUGGCCACCCGCCUGCGCAAGAAGCGGCUGGCGGACUUUGGCUCCAGCGACCUGUUCCUGCGCCUGGACGAGGCGGCGCGAGAGCGGCUGGCCAGCCUGCGACUGCACCUGGAGUCGGCGGCGGCGGAGAAGCUGGUCAACGACGUGGCGGAGCUGUUCCAGAGCAGCGACCGCGGCGCUGUGGCGCAGCAGUGGAACGGCCUGCGUCGUGACGUGGUGAAGGCGGCGCUGGAGGAGCAGCUGCUGCCAGCCUUCCGCGCGCACUUCCACGCCAAGCUGCUGGCGGAGGCGAGGGAGCACGCGCUGCGGCUCUACUCUGACGCGCUGUGGAAGGUGGCCAGCGCGGGCCCGCUGCGGCUGCCGCUGGCGGACAGCGAGGACGAGUUCCUGGCCAGCCCGCGGCUGUGCAUCGUGUGCUACGGCAACCAGGAGCUGAACCCCGCCACGGGCCAGCCCAACAACACGGCGGUGGUGUUCCUGAACGAGCUGGGCAACCUCACCGACUUCUUCUUCGCCGGGCAGCUGAGCGGCCAGAUCCGCCGCAGCGGCCAGGGCGCAGGCGCCGUGUUCACCGACCCUGCCAAGUCCAAGGACGCUGCCCGCAUCCGCGAGAAGCUGCUGGAGCACCUGCCGCAUGCGGUGCUGGUGGGCAUCGCGGCGCCGGCCUGCAGGCAGCUGCACGAGGACAUGCGCAACAUCGUGGACUCGCUGCUGGAGCACCACGCCGACGCGCUGAUCGACCACGAGACCCGCGGCAUCACCGUCUUCCCCAUGGACGAGAAGCUGGCGGCGCUGUGGGAGGUGUCGGCGGCGGGGCGGUCCGAGCUGCGCGAGCACGCGCCCCUGGUGCGGCGGGCGGUGGGGCUGGGCCGCUCGGCGCUGGACCCGCUGAGCCUGCUGGCGGCGCUGUGCGGGCCGGACAAGGAGGUGUUGUCUCUGGGUGUGUACGACAUGCAGGACGCGCUGGGCAAGGACGACCGCAUGGCCGCCGUCACACGCGUCAUGGUCACGGCAGGGGCGCAGGUGGGCGUGGACGUGAACCUGGCCUGCAACGUGGCCUGGCGCUCGGAGCUGCUGCAGUUCGUGCCGGGGCUGGGGCCGCGCAAGGCGGGCGCGCUGCUGGCGGCGCUGCAGCGCAACCGCAACAAGGCGGAGAGCCGCUCCAUGCUGUACAAGGACCUGGGCGUGCUGGGCAAGGUGGUGUUCAGGAACUGCGGCGCCUACCUGCGGGUGCGGCAGGUGCCCGGCAUCCGGCACCUGGAGAACCUGUCCUUCCGCACCCUGGACAACAGCCGCAUCAGCCCCGAGCACUACCGCAUCGCCAUCCAGCUGGCGCAGGCCGCCACGGGCGUGGGCGAGGCGGAGGCGGCGCUGGAGGAGCGGGACAAGAUCGAGUCGUUUGACCUGGAGAAGUUCAUGUCGGACGCGGCGGCCGAGGGCAAGCCGCUGCCUGUGGGGCUGCCCACGCUCAUCGACAUCGUGGCGGAGCUGGUGUGCCCGGCCAUGGAGCUGCGGCCGGCAUGGCAGGAGAUCAGCCCGCGACAGGUGUUCCUGCUGUGCAACAACGAGAGCGAGGAGAGCCUGCAGGAGGGGCGCAUCGUGGACGUCAAGAUCACGUACGUGACUCGCGACUGCCUCAAGGUCAUCCUCAUCAACAGCGGCACGGAGGGCAUGGUGCCGGCGGAGGAGGUGUCGGGCAGCUACACGGGCCGCGUGGGCGGCCCGGAGUGGCAGGCAGUGAUGCAGUCGCGGCUCAACAGCGUGGCCCGCGGCCGCAUCAUCCGCAUAGAGGAGCAGCCCGACCAAUCCGGCAGCGGCACUCGCUUCAUGGUGGUGCUCUCAACAAAGUCGUCUGUGGUGAACGACGAGGGCGGCGAGUACGAGCGCAAGUACUGCGCCAGCCGGGAGCCCAACUACGUGGUGCGCGAGAAGACCGAGGCCACCGCCAAGCGCCGUGCGGACGAGGCGGGGCGCAGCCGGGAGCAGACGGUGCUGGUGCGGCCCAUCCGGCACCCCAUGUUCAAAAACAUCAGCCAGCUGGACGCGGUGCACGCGCUGGCGCCCAAGGAGGUGCCCGUGGGCUCCGCCAUCCUGCGCCCCUCCUACCGCCGCAACCCCAACGAGCUGGACGUGACCAUCAAGAUCGCGCAGCUGGCGGCGGGGCCCGUGUUCGCGGUGACCUUCCUGCGCGAGAGCGACAAGCCGCAGGGGAGAGCCGCGCACCUGACGCUGGCGCCGCCCUUCACCAUCGACGCCAGCCACUGCGGCCUGGGCAACCUGGUGUACGAGGACCUGGACCAGGUCAUCGCCGACUACGUGGAGCCGCUGGUGUCGCACUGCGGCCAGCUGACGGCGCACCGCAAGUUCCUGGACGCCACGCCGCCCGAGGUGGAGGAGCGGGUGCGCGCGGAGAAGCGCGCCAACCCCACGGUGCACCCCUACUACCUGGCGCUCAGGGACAAGGCCGCCGCCGCCCAGAUCGUGUUCUGCUUAGCGGCCUCGGUGCACCGCGAGUCCUUCUACGUCACCCCGCGCGGCUUCUACUUCCGCGGGCGGCUGCACGGCUCCGUGGACGGAAUGCUGGCGGUGUUCAAGAAGAACCCCGUGGACCCGGCCAAGCGGCGCGAGGCGGCGGCACGCGACCAGCUGGGCUACAAUGAACCCACCCGCGCCCUGAUGACGCAGAUGCGCACCGGCGUGCAGAUGCAGCCCCAGCAGCCGGGUGGCUACACGGGAGGCAGCCAGGGCGGCGGAUACGGCGGGCAACCGUACCCUGGUGGCGGCGGCGGCUACGGCCCGCCGGGUGGCGGCUACCCGCCAACACAGGUGUACGGCGGCGGCGGCCCCGGCGGGGCACCAGGCAUGUACGGCGGGCCGGGUGGCGGCGGCCCCGGCGGGUACGGAGGUAUGCCGCCGCCGCCGCCGCCGUUUGGCGGGCCGCCGGGCCCCGGUGGCGCCGGCGGCUAUGGGCAGUACGGAUCGCAGGGAGGGAACGGCGGCGGCGGCGGGUACCGGGCGUGGUGAGGGGCCGGCGGUGUGCAGCUGGGGUGAGGCGGCGACAAUGUGCGGUGGGGGCUCUGUUGCGGUUGGGCAGGUAGGGAAUGCAAGACACGGUGUGGGCUGGGGCGGAGGCACUUGAGCGGUGCUGUCGCAGUGCUGCUGCGGGCGUGUGCAGCAGUCGCAGAGUAGGACACAAGCGGGCAGCAGCAAGGCGUGGAGGCGAGGUAGGCGUAUGCAUAGUGCGGCUGACUGGUGGACGACGGCUAUUAAAGGCGGAUAGCGUGGCCUGACAGACGUGGGGGCGCGGCCCCGGGUCCUGCGCCGGUGGUGUGUAAAGCAGCGGCGGCGGUGCACAGGUGUUGUGGAAAUGGGGGGGCCGCCAAGCGGCGUGCAUGGACCGUCAUGUGAGUCAGGCAAUAGGAAAGGAGGAGGAAAGGGGCGCGCGCGCACGAGGCGCGGCGCAGGGAUGCCACUGAGUGCUGUGGAGGGGGCUGGAUGCACGCGCUGGCGCGUGGGCGGUGAAGUAACCCCGAACCCACUUUGUGACUAUGCGACUCUUGCCCUGACAUGCCUUGUGGGAUUUGUGGGCCGGGAUACUAGCCGCCACACUCGGGAUCAUGCUUCUCACCACCCUCUGCUCUUGUUUGUACUAGCCUACUAGGAAUUCAAUGGCGCGUGGAUGGCCCGUGUGUGUGGACACGUGGGGUGCCGGGUGCGGGCAGGCGGCAGCGCUGGUGCCGGGCUGCAGUGGGAGCACAUCAGUGUGCGCGCUGGGCCGGCGAGGGCAAAGAGGGCGCGGUGCAGUGCGUGCAUCCGCUUGCUGCUGAUGGCGUGAGGUCUGCGUGAAAACACACCC